UGACUGUCAAGCUAAGGCUAAUUUCUUUACAGCAUCAAGUGAAUAAACAGCAAAACACCAUGGGGGUCAUUUUUAUCACAUAACAAAAUGCAGUACAUGCUGGUGGUAAUAAGUAGUUCAAUAGGAAUUUGACUGAAGAAUUCUUACUCAUAUAAAAUUUGAUUUUGUAUUGUUGUAUUGACAGUUAUGCUUAAAGGUUCAGGGUGUAGAAUGUAGUGACAUCUAGUGGUGAAGUUGCAUGUUGCAGCUGAACACCCCUUACCUCACCCUCCCCUUCCAAACAUGAAAGCAAACCUGUGGCAGCCUUCAGUUACCACAGGUUCAAACAAAAAAUUAGGUUAGUUUGUCCAGUCUGGGCUACUGUAAAAAACAUGGCUGCAUCCGUAGAGAGGACCUGCUCCUUAUGUCAAUUUAAAGUAUUAAAAUAUAGAAUGCCCACUCAAGGGUAAAGAAACAAUAAUUUGUAUAAUUUAGAUGAAACACACUAGUGAAAAUAUCACUAGGAUAAUUUUAUAAUCAGUUUCUGCCAAUAGAUCCCUUUCACCAUCAUCUUACACACUGGACCUAUAAAAAAAAUCUGAUUGCAUCUUCCUCCUCUGUGGUGAAUUCCUGCAUUAACAUCUUGUCUGAAUGUCCUACUUUACAGCAAUGCUGCGAUCAAGUGAGUCUUGUUACACUUUCAGCUUCUUGUAAUAUGUUCCUAAUAUCCUGAAUGAACAAAUGAACAAUAACAAAAAUCAUUCUUCAAAAUAUCCAGUUUGGUCCUCAUUCGCUGCUUCACCAGUCCAGCAGCCAUGGAGGGAGGUGUCAGAGAAGGACCAGAGCAGUCUUGAGUUUGUGAAAUCUUACCAGCCUGGAAACAAACAGGUCAAACAGCUCAGGAUUCUGCUUCAUGGACCAAUUGGUGCUGGAAAGUCGAGCUUCAUCAACUCUGUCGACACCGUUUUAAGAGGCAGACCUGCUGGUCGAGCUCCGACAGAUGCAAUCUCUGGGAGCAGCUUCACCUCAAAGGUAUGAACAACAGGAAAGGAUAAAACUCCAUUGAGUGUAACAAACCACAGAUAUUCAUUUUCAAUAGUAGUUCACUGAUAAAAAUACAGAGAAACUUCUACUAAUAUUAAAAUAUAAAAACAGCAGCUUUCUAUCAAAUGUUUUGUACAAAUGUUGUCUUUAUGUUUCAGAGCAUUAAAUUCUUGUCAGCACAAAAUAAAUGAAAUGAAACAUUAUAUCUUACUAAAUCUGUCUGUUGAUCAUCUGAGUACUAAAUGUUUUUUUUAUUUCAUAUAGCUUUGCACCCAUUUCAAUUUCAGGUUAUUGUGUGAACUAGAGGCCCAGAGUUUUAAUCUGUGGAUGUUAAUACAAAUCACCUUUCUCCAGCCUCCCCACACAUUCCUGAUCGGCCCACAGACAACUGCUGAUAUUUACUGUAAAUAAUUGCACCUUCUGCCUUACAGUACCAGACCUUCAAAUUUCACAAAAAUCCAGAGGCCACUUACUCUUUUGUUUUCAAUGACAUCAUGGGCCUUGAGCAAGAUUUUGACAGUGGAAUCAGUGUGAAUGACCUCAAACUGGCCCUGAGAGGACACGUGAAAGAAGGUUACAAGUUCACCUCUGGUCAAGAACUGAAGGAGGGUGAUGAUGGCUACAACUCCGAUCCCACUUUGGAAGACAAAGUUCAUGUUCUGGUGUGUGUUGUUCCUGCGGACGCAGUGUCUAGGCUAAGUGAUCAGAUGGUGAAGAAGAUUAGAAACGUCAGACUGGCAGCCAGUGAACUGGGAAUUCCCCAACUUGCAAUUAUCACCAAAGUUGAUGACGACUGUCCCGCGGUUAAAAAGGACACAAGCAAUAUCUAUAAGAGCAAGUACCUGAAGGAAAAGGUUGACAGAUUCCACCAGCAGCUGGGCCUUCCACUGAACUGCAUCUUCCUUGUGAAGAACUACAGUGAUGAAACUGAGUCAAAUGACAAAAUUAACGCUGCAAUACUUUGCGCACUGAAACAGAUGGUUAUGUAUGGAGAAGACUUCCUCAAUGACCUGUAAACAUGAAUUCCCCUGAGGCGAAAAAACAGUAGGCGAUUUAUAGGGGAAUGAGGAAAUAUUCAGUCAAUGUUUACGCUCUUUGCAAGCAGGCAAGCUUUAGGAAUGAAAUAUGGAAUAAAAAUGCAUACAAAUUAAGUCCUAAAGUCUUUAUAUCCUUUAUCUCAUUGAGACUUUGCACAAUAGCAGGACAAUGCUUUGUCAUUACGUCGUUAGCUUGGUGUGACGUCAUCACGUGAUCUGGUCAACAACUCAGCUGUUGUGAUGGUGCCUUCAUGUGCCGCCGGAAAGCAGUGAUUUAAAAGCUCUCGUCUUUAUGUUGACUCCCAGUAUUUAAUACAUCACCUGCUCUAACAAAUUAAUUCUGCAUUCCUUGCUUGGUCCCUGCUUCAUUUUGUUUAUCUUAAAAAAACACAUAAAAAUCCAACACAAACAAAUGAUUUUGCUAAAGAGACGAACAGACAAAUAUUAUAUAUUCUGUAUUGUAUUAU